UCCAUCUCCAUGCUCUGCAUCAAAUCAGCGUACCACACAUUUCUCAUCAUUACCAUCUGAAACACAGACUUUGUGACUAAUACACGUGUCUCCAUAUGCCAAGAAGCUCAUCACGUACUCGGCGCGCCGCUAACGCGUGCGAUGAGUGCCAUCAAAGGAAGAUCAAAUGCAUCGGUGGUCACCCCUGUCGGAACUGUGCGAGACACACGCGGGAUUGUACUUUCAGCAAGGACGGCAGGGGCCGGUACUCAGAAGCUUACAUUCGUGAACUUGAGGCUCAGAUCCAGUCUUACAAAGCUCAGACUGAGAACACAACAAAGGAUCAUUCUCGAGCAUCUUCUAUUGUACCGAACGACGUGACUGCAAUUAUCGGCGACGAGCAGCGUACAAACAGCACUCCGGUUCAAGAAAUCCCGACGACGAGCACAUAUGGCGAAAUUCCUGCAGGACCAGCGUUUGUGACUCAGGUCAGAACAUUAUUGAGCGCUCAUUCGACCCCAGACCACCUGUACAACCAAGACAUCCCGGCAAAAAGUGCUGAGCAGUCUAGCGCCCUCAGUGAUAUGCUUGCUAGCACCACACUAUUUACACAACCAUCCCAAGAAGAGUCUUACCGACUACUGGAGCUAUUUCUCGUCUACCUGGGUGUCAGCCAACACUUCUUGGAUCCGCGAGUGUUCUCCGAUAACAUCACGCUGCUUUUCCUAGGCGGCACGCCUAGCGCGCACAGGAUGGACAGCCUUUGGUACGUUCAAUAUCUACUAGUUAUGGCAAUGGGCAGACUUCUGGACCAUCAAAGUGAGCGUCGUGGCAAUGCUCUACCCCCUGGCUGGGACUACUUUGCAGAGGCGAUGCGACGACUGCCUUCAUUGACUCAGCUUCGCGAGUGCGGAGUUCUCGCUGUUGAGAUACUUGCCGUGGCAACCACCUAUCUUCAGUGGACCGAUUGGCCGGAUGAGGCCUACCUCUACAUUGGCAUGUCUAUCAGAUUAGCCAUGGCUCUUGGCUGCUUCCGUCCAUGCACAGAGCAGAAGUGCCUGCCUUCUGAGGCGAAUCAUCGCCUGAGAUUAUGGUGGACAGUCUAUAUGCUAUGUAACAUCCACCAGGUUUUGAAUGUUAACACUGAUCAAGAUAUAGACGACUUUCGUCGUCUCUGGGACUACCACCCGGAGUUGAUGACCGUAAUCUGGAUCUUGAGUUACCUGGUCCAUCUGUGGCCUUCCAAUCACCAGUCGCUCUGACGAUCAACAUUAGGAUUGCGAGGACCACCGGACAGAUCAUGACUACAACAAACUAGCUCUUUACAAUUCUACCAGGGCAACACAGACAGAGCUAGUACAGAACAUACAGGAUAUUUUGCGAACGCUGUUUGACGUCGGAUCAUCGUAUCCCCUCGAUAUGGCUAUCGACUUCACGAACACCCCUUUGCGGCUGACUAGGACGAGUG